AUUUUGUCAGUGUCAGCGCUCGGUGCUCCAUGCUCGGUGCUCGGUGUUUGGUGCAGAAUUGGCAUUCGAUUUGUUUACAAAAUCCACACUAAAAUACUAUAAGCUCUAGCACGUACUACACCGCAACGGUUUCAUUUCAUUUCACCUCCUUUAUUUUCGCGCCAGCUUGAGCGAUUCUCGCGUUGCUAUGGCGCUGUGUCUGGUGUCCAGCGCUCAGUGCCCAUCGCUAGUCGUCUUUUGUCUUGGUUUAAAUUGAAAUUUUUAUCGAUCGGCGAUUUUUUUGUGACUCGUACCUAUGAAAAAACAACCGAGUGACCAGUGUGAGGUAGUGACCACCCUCUAAGCGUAGUCGAGAGCCGCCGUCUACCAAUCUACCAUACAAUAUCCGGUGCUCGUUUGUUUCUUACGAAUAAAGGUAGAAAAGGGGGAAAACACCUUGUAAACCUGUUCGUUUCCAUCAGCAGCACUUCAGCCUAGAAUCGUUAUUGCAACCAAUUUGGAAGCCGGUUACUCGCGUAGAAAGCGAACACAUUGCCAAUUUGCUCCCGUUUAGAUGAAUUUUAAGCUAGAAAUUCGAGUGCCUGAUAGUUGAAGCAAAACACCCGAACACGACAUGAAACCAAGAUCGUGAUACUACAAUUUGAGAAAUAUGAGUCUGCUAGAAUAAGUAAUAAAUAAUUUUCGAAAAAAAAUAAAGGAAUUCAUUCGUAAAUCUCACCAUGAAGGACCAUACGUCGAUUUCUUUGGAAAACGAAUCAACAAAAUCACCCGAUGAAUCAGAUUCGGUGACGUCGAAUCAAAAAAAUGGUACAGACAGCUCUAGAGUCGAGCAAUGCCCCAUGGGUGAUGAUACAGAAAAAGAUGCCCGAGGCAGUCCUGUAUCGAUUAACGAAGGUACGCUGAAAAUGAGUGAUAAAGUCGAAUUGCUGGCUUCGUCGGAAAAAUCAACGGUACCUGGUAUAGACAACCCUGCUUUCGAAGGUGAUCACCAUUUACAAAACGGUGGCACGCCAGCGCCAGGUACGGAUCACGUAAUGGGCAACGGUCUCCAUUUGAAUCACAAUGGAAAAGAAUACCACAACCAGAAGGACGAUUCGGACUAUAAAACGACCGAAGAGAUGGCCGAAGCGGUCAAUUUAGAAUUAUUAAAUAUGGGCUCGAACGUAACGAAUGGUCUUAAUGGUAUUCCAGUCAAGAGUCCUAAUUCAACUGUGAUAAAUAUGUCUAACCCUUACGACGAAUAUUUCAUACCAGUCAACGAGCAUCGCAAAUAUAUAAGUUAUUCUUUGCGUAGAGGUGAGAAAUUAUACGUCACCAAGACUAAAAGAGAUUUGGAAAAUUCGAAAAAAAAUUGUUGCGUUUGGUUGGUCGGACUUGUUACCGUAUUAGUUGCCAUAUGUUUAGCCAUUUUAAUUGCUAGUAAAUUUUUAGAUCCCAUGUCGGACGAUAAAGACAGAAGAUUUCCAAGUGAAGAUGUACUCGGUGCUGGUGUAAAUUAUCAAGGCGAAAUGCCCUCUUCAACAACCAUGCCGCCUUCUAAAGCUCCUGAUAUUGUACGACCGCAGUCUUUACCCGGACCUGAUGCAAUUUCUCCGGCUCAUCUGAAAGGAGCAGUCGAAGGAGAGUUUACUCUUUCAGAACUGAAAUUCUCGCCUGCCUUUCAUGACCACGAUUCCGAAGAAUUUAAAACACUAGCUGGAGCCAUUGAAAACGAGCUAAAGCACGGUCUUUUCGAUCAGUCAACUUUACAAUAUGGAGCCUCCGAUAUCCACAUCAGAGUGAUUAAUCUAACGCCAGAAAAAGUCGUGCAAUACAGAAUAUCAUGGGUAUUCAAAAGAGGAAUUCAAAAUCCUCCAGAUCCGAUAAACACGAACAGCCUAAAAGAAAGACUUACAGAAUACAUCAGAGUAAAUAACGGUUCAAUUAACGAGUACGAAGUUCCAUUGGAUAAAAUAUAUUCCAAAUACAUGAUCAACGACUGUUCGAUUAACAAUGGAAAUUGUUCUCACAUUUGCCGUUUUGAUUACUCAAAGAUGCUGGAUUUCUUAUGCGAUUGUCCGCCUAAUAUGAAACUAGAUGAGACUCAGUUCAACUGCGAAGAUGACUUGACAAAACCAGAGCCAGAGCCAGAACCUACCACAGCACCUGAACCAGAACCUAGUCCUAGUCCCGAACCACAACCUAGUCCUGAGCCAGAGCCUAGUGCCGAACCAGAACCAACUACUUCACCCGAACCUAAAGCUGAACCAGAACCAACUGCUUCACCAGAACCUAAAGCUGAGCCAGAGCCUAGCGCUGAGCCAGAACCAACCUCCGAGCCAGAACCCAAAACAGUACCAGAACCUACAUCUGAGCCAGAACCAUCUGUAGCAGUAUCUUCAUCUACUCAUGAACCUCUAGCUUCAGCUGAACCAGAACCAAAUUCAAAAACGCAAUCUCCUCUUCAGGUGCAACCAUCGUCUACUUUAGAGCCAACUCCAAAACCAGUACUUAUCUCCCAAGCUGAAUCUAAAGCCGAGCCAGAGCCAGAACCAGAACCUAAAUCUAAACCAGAACCAAAUGCUGAGCCUGAGCCUGAACCCACAUCAGCACCAAACCCUGAACCAUCAUCUCGGGAGCCAAAAUCUGAACUGGAGCCAAAUUCUGAACCGGAACCAAAGUCUGAACCUGAGCCAAAAUCUGAACCGGAGCCAAAAUCUGAACCGGAGCCAAAAUCUGAACCGGAGCCAAAAUCUGAACCUGAGCCAAAAUCUGAACCUGAGUCCAAAUCUGAACCUGAGCCAAAAUCAGAACCAGAGCCAAAAUCUGAACCGGAACCAAAAUCAGAACCAGAGCCAAAAUCUGAACCCGAUUCUAAACCAGAGCCUUUAACUGACCAAGAACCAAAAUCAGAACCCGAACCAUCAUCAUCACAAUCACCUCAACCUGAACCAACGCCCUCACCAACCUCUUUAGACCCUAAACAAGAAACGUCUGCAACUUCUGAACCUGAACUUGGAUCAAAAUCUAAACCAGAGGCCACUGCGGAACCACAAAUUCAACCACAGGCUAUACCAGAAGCAGUGCUCUCAACAGAUUUUGGAAUCACAAUCGCACCAGAAAACCCAGCUCCGGAACCAGAACCAAAUUCUGACAAUCGUGAGAACAAAUCCAUAAAAAAUACUGUUGAGGAACCUAUUCAAACAGCCAUCAACCAAAACAGUAUCGGUUCAACUGACACAAACAUUAGCAUGAGUGAAAAUUUACCUUCAAACACGAUUAAACCAGAAGUUGCUGAUAUGCCCUACUCCACUAUUAUUCCAACCGAGGUACCAGAAUCUUCACAAGAGGUAAAAAAUCCAUCUUCAACUUCAACCACCGAAUAUCCAUACACUUUUCCGAGAUUCCGCGAAUAUGAUUCGUCGUAUUCUGACUCUACAGUCCGUAGCAGCUCCGAAGAGAUAAAUCCCGGCACCAUAGCACCAGAAUUUAUCUUGAAUCAGAUGAACAAAGGUUCUGCUGAAUCUGCUGAUGAAAAUCUAUCUGCAUUAAAUCGAAAUAACGAGGCAACUACAAUUUUGCCGGUAUCGGCACCUGCGGAUGAUUUGAAAGCAAUGGAAAACUCCAAUUCUCCCCUCAAUACCGAAUCAACCACUCCAGUUUCAUUGGUUAACGACAUUAGCACUUCCACCAUCACCCCAGGCAUACCUUUAUCAAAUCAAAAUUCCAUAAAUUUGCCAUCCGGUACCUUUGACGAGGAAGAUUCGCUAAAAAAUACACUCCCUUCCACCUCGACUCUGGUCCCACGAGUAGAUGAACAGGAUGAUGAUAAUGAAUUUGACCCGGAAGAGGAAAGCAAGCAAAAAAGCGGAUCAAACAACGAACUUCUCGACAAUGCUCUCAACUCCGGUAAAAAUUUCUCAGUUCCAAAUACCGAUUUGAAUCCGAAACGUAAUACAUCAAAACGAGAAAGUAGAAAACUUGUUGAAUCUGAUAAUAUGCUUGUAAGCGGCGAGGUCAAACAAAAUUCCAGGGAAAAUUUUGCUAAUAUCAAGCCUGCUGCGUUAAUUGCGCCCAAAAAGCAUCACGAAAAUCGAAAUUUCAAAGAUUUGGUCGGAUUCAUUGAUAGAAAAGUGAGACCACAUUUUUAGUUUAUUUAGAUAGUGUUUCAUUUUUUGUUGUGUUUUUUCUAUUUCUUUCUUACUCCAACGAACAGUGAAUAACUUUUUGUUACCACUGUGAUUAUUCGAGUCACCUAUAUUACUCUUUUUAGUCUUCGUUACUUUGAAUACCGAUUUUAAUAGGUACCUACCUAAUAAAAAUGAUCUUUCGAAUUAUAUGUAUAUUUGUCAAUUAAUUACCUACCCAUGUACUACCAUAAAGUUUUUAAUUUUUUUUUUUUUUUCAUAAUUUACCCAUUACAAAAAUAUAACAUGGGAUAAACUUAUUUCAAGUCUUCACACCUAUUCAUGUUUAAUAUCUUUUCCUUUACCUACCAGUCAUUAAAUUUUCGUGUGUUUUGAUAUUAAUUCUAAUUACUUUUUAAAAAAAAUAGGUAAUUAUUAUACUUAUUGUUUAUGUAUGUAUCUCAAUAGAUACUUAUCUAGAUUAUUUUGUUUGCAUUUUAUUUCUUUUUCAAUUUUCAUUCACCGUGCAUGAUGUAAAAUCGAGCUGUACCUAUUUAUGUUAAGUUGCUUCUACCUUCUAGAACGUUUACUUUAUUAUUAUAAAAUCGUAUGUACAUAGAUGUUUGUAAAUAUUCUCGUUAUUUUAUGUAUUUGUUAUUGUAGCAUAUUUUGUGGCUGUAACUUUAUACGGAGUCUUCAAGCAACAAUGACUGCUGUGAUGCUUGUUCGUAUUUUGUAUGUAAUAUUUUAUGAAUCUAACUUACUAGGUACUUGUAUUUAUCAUUAUUUUGGGCGAGUACUACGUAUUUUUUUAUUACUUACGAUGAAAAAAAUUAGUAACAAAAUUAUGCGAACGAAGCCAAUUUCUAUAAUUUUGAGAAGUCGAUGAAAUUCCAUUCAGCAAGCUUCUGAAUUUUGAAUUCUCUCAUAACUGACCGUACCUAUUGCAUUUCGCAAAAGUAUAUUGAUCAAUAGGUAGCUAGCUACCUAACCCAUUUGUUUUAAGUGCCAUUUCGUUUAUUUCGUCCCUUUUUAUUUUUAUUUUUGUAAAAUAUCUACUGAAUUGUUGAAAUUGUACUACAUUGGUAUAAUUUAUUGUUUCUUUUUAGUACUUAUUACUAAAAUUAUUUAUGUAUUUUAUUUUGUGAAAUAAAUUUUCAAUUUUGAA